AUGGAUAACAACUGGUCUACUUACCCAAGUGUCGCAAAGACUGCUUCAAUCAAUGGUUUCGCUGACAGAAUCUAUGAUCUUGUCCCACAAUGUGCUCAAGAAUGUUUGAAGGAAUCCACUGGUUCAACCCCAUGUCCAUACUGGGAUACCGGAUGUUUGUGUAUCAUGCCACAAUUUGCUGGUGCCAUUGGUAACUGUGUUGCUGAAAACUGUCAAGGUCAAAAUGUUGUCCAAUUCGAGUCAUUGGCCACUUCCCUUUGUUCUUCCGCUGGUGUUUGGGAACCAUACUGGAUGCCACCAGCUUCAGUUACCACUGCUUUGAGUACUGCUGCUGCCGCCGAAGCUGCUGAAACUACCCCAGCUUCAACUGAAGAAGAACAAUCUUCAUCAGCUCCAGCUGAAACUUCUGCUCCAGAAACCACUGCUCAAGAAACUUCUGCUGCUGAAGAAUCAUCAUCAGCUCCAGCUGAAACUUCUGCUCCAGCUGAAUCAUCAUCGGCUCCUGCUGAAUCUUCUGCUCCUGCUGAAUCUUCUCAAGAAGAAAAGCCAUCAAGUGCUGAAGAACAAUCUUCAUCAUCCGCCCCAGCAGAGGGUGAAGGUGAAGGUGAAGGUGAAGCUACUGUUUCUACCGUCAACGGUGGUGUCAUCCCAGGUGUUGCCAUGGGUGGUGUCAUUGCUGCUUUGGCUGCUUUAAUCUAA